GAAGACACGGACCCAUACUACUACAGGGAGCGGCUCACCAUGCCCAAGCUGCUCGUCAGUGCAGCCAACGACGAAGUGCUGGCACUGGAUGACACGUACAUCUGGUGGAAUGAUAUGCCCGAGACAAAGCUGCUCAAGAUAAUGGCCAACUCGGAGCACAUGCAUCUCCACAUCAACCAAUGGGCCAACCAAGCAACCCUCGCCUUCCUCGCCUCUCUCCUGCACGUCAACUCCUCCUGCGCCUCUCUCCCCGCCUCCUCCCGCCCCGCCCUCACCUGGACUCGCCCCUCCAACGCCCGCAGCUACUCCCCCCCUGGCCCCAAGCACUUUGACAGGGUAGAGGGCACGGGCUUGUUUGCGCGGGAGGAACAGAAAAUGGUAGAGGCUCAGGCAGGAGGAGGGGGGAUGAAAGGGAUAGAGGGAGGCGUGCUGACCAAUCAGGAGCAGCCGGCGCGUCCCUGGAGCUGCGUUCCCGAGCUGCCAGCUGUCGACUGGCCUAAGCUGAGGUGGCGGUUUGAUUGGUCCACGUUCACCAUUGUUGCCACGUCAGACAGGAAGCCAUUGGCGGUUAGAGGAUGGACUGGCCGCACUGCCAGCGCACGGCGAGACUUCCGCUUCGUGGUACGGCGAGGCUCGAAGGGGUGCACGGCGCCGAUACCGAAAAUACCGGGCACGUAUGAGGGCAAGUUUGAGCUGUGCAUGCAGGCCAUCCCUUUCUUCCUGCACACCGUCUCGCCGCCCACACACCACCUUGAGGAUGGCUUAUGGCACUUCAGCUCUACUGUCACCGACAUUCCCAAGGUGGGGUUUCGAGCAUUGUGGAUUGAAGUUGAUUUUGCAAUUCCACAAAGAAGAGAUCCUUUUGUGCUGACUACUGAAGCCCUUCUAGCCCCAAACAAGCUGCCGUUUUCACCUUGUCAGGCAGGCAACUUUUCUUGCCAACAACGUUGGAUAUAA